AUGAACGAUAGCGCUGUGCCGUGGCUCGAUCGCGUAUUCUCGAACACCUCGCUGGGACAUCGAUUGUUGGAGAGGUAGGUUGGCGAUUCUGAAACAAGUGCCGACCGCCACGGCGCGGCUUUUGCAACAUACGCAGCCAGAUGGUAUGCAUUUUUGCGCGUCGGUGUGGCUCAGUGUACAGUGCAUUUUAUGUUACGCGCAAAGUUAAUUUUUUUGAGUUGUCGAUGAAUUUUCUCCAAAUAUUCAUCUCUUUAAAGCGUUUUUCUCUGCUUUCUACCUCAAUUAGACCUUUUUACAGAUUCCAGAUAAAGUAAUACGCGAAAAGAAGUCGAUGCGAUGAAAAGAAACGCGUAAGUAAAUAGAAGUAAUGUUUUAUUCAGAAAAUAUACGAUUUCUCGAGAAACGUCUCUAGAUCUUCUAAUCUUUUGAUUUAAAAAGUUCACUAACAUGACUGUGAAUGUCUUCGAAUCAAAAAAAGUAGAGUGACAGCUCGCUUUCGCAUUAAAAUUGGUUUUUUGCCGGAAAACAGUGACAUUUUGUGGAAAAAAUUUUUUUCUCAAAAACCGUCUCUAGAUUUUCUACUUUUUUUGUUUAAAUAGUUCACUUACAUGACUGUGAAUGUUUUCGAACCAAAAAAAAUUAGAGUGACAGUUCGUAGAAGCAAAAAAAAAUUUUUCAACGAAAUUUCGCUGUCUUCCGGCAAACUAUCGGUUUUUCCGCGAAAGCGAGCUGUCACUCUACUUCUUUUUGGCUCGAAAACAUUCUCAAAAAUGUUAGUAACGUUUUUUAACCAAAAGAUUAGAAAAUCUAAUCACGUUUUGCGAGAAAUCGUGGAAUUUCUGAAUAAACCUUACUUUCACUUACUUACGCGUUUCUUUUCAUCGCAUCGACUUCUCUUCGCGUAUUACUUUACCUGAAAUCUGUAAAAAGGUCUAAUUGAGGUAGAAAGUGGAGAAAAACGCUUUAAAGAGAUGAAUAUUUGGAGAAAAUUCAUCAACAACUAAAAAAAAAAGAACUUUGCGCGUAACAUAAAAUGCACUGUACGCAGAGCAACACCGGCGUGUCAAAAUGCACAGACUGAGGAUCAAACGUUUGGUGAACGUCGCGCGACCCUCUCUCUUUUCAGACUAACCCUCACGAACCUCCGUCACGCCUUCUACCUAGUUUCGCCGUACGAGACAAGUGUGGAGCGGCUCGAAGAUGUGCCCAACUACAACGCAGAAGUGUCGGCGUGGUGGUUGGUCUUCUUGGCCGCCGAGUUUUUCGUCCUCUUCAUCUCGGGACACGAGGACCGAUUCGCGCUCAACGACUCGAUCACCUCGAUAUGCGCCGGCAUGUUGAGCCAGUGUUUUAAGUGAGUCUUAGUAGGCUUAGGAACAAUUUUACACGAAAAUUUUCAACUAGCAACUUAAAGUACUAGAGAUUUACUACAUUUUUCUAGUUGAUCACUUUUUUCUACGACCACUCCUACGGCUACUGUAGCGCCAAUGUGCUUCCAGAUUCGGUGGUCGUGCCGUCGCCAUCUUCCUCUACGUGAUCGUCUGGGACAACUGGCGACUAGUCGAACUGCCGUGGGAUUCUCCGUGGACCUGGAUCUUUUGUCUCUUCUUCCAAGACUUUAUGUACUAUUUGGGACAUCGAGCGGUCCACGGUGCGGCGCAAAAACGCGUUUGUCCGACAAUAUAUCGGUUGUGUUUUAGAAGCGGGCUUCUUCUGGGGUCUUCACACGAUCCACCACAGUUCCGAGUACUACAAUUUCUCGACGGCUCUUCGACAGGCGGCGAUUCAAGACGCCGGGCUGGCGAUUUACGAUUGUCUUCAGGCGUUUUUCGUUCCACCGCCCAUCUUCUUGGUGCAUCGCUACUUUUCCGAAAUUUUCCAGUUCAUCAUGCACACCUCGGUAAGCAAUAUAGCUCAGCUGUCGGUGGAGAUAUCAAAAAGUUGUCAAGUGCAAAAAGGUACAAAAUUUGUUGAUGAACAUUUUUGCAGUUGACCACUUUUCGAUAUCUUCACAGGCUAUUGAGAUACGUCGCUUUGAAUAAGCAACAUAUGUCCUAAACUUUAUACGAAUCAUAACUCGCUUCGGAAGAGUUUUAGGGAAAGAUUGUCAACAGAAGAAGUGAAGUACUAGAGUUACUCUUUAUUAUUCUAGUUGACAACUUUUUUGUAAAAUUACUCCAAACGCUGCUGUAACGCGUCAAAGUGGGCUCAAAGUUGCAGCUGGUGGACACGAUGGGACCGCUCGGAUUGGUCUUCAACACGCCCUCGCACCAUCGCGUACAUCACGGUCGCAACCCGUACUGCAUCGACAAAAACUACGGAGGCGUCUUCAUCGUCUGGGACAAACUCUUCGACACUUUCGAGCCGGAACGUCCCGAAGAUCCGCCCAUCUACGGGCUCGUUUCCAACGAGAACACGUUCAAUCAAGUGUACCUUCAAUUUCACACACUCUUCGACAUGCUUCUCUUCAAAGGCCGCACAAAAGACGUGAAAGGAGAGCCCGUGUUCCCGGGCAUUGUCAAUAAACUCAAGGCGACAAUAUUUCCGCCGGGAUGGUCGCCCGGAGUCCCGCUCGUUCCCUUCUUUCACUGGAUGAGCAUGGCGGAUCCGGCGCACAAUGUGCCCGAACCCGAAAAGCCCGUGAUACGGUAUGAUCCGCCGGCGCGCGUUCUCGUGAAAGCGUACGUGGCGGUUUCGAUGGUCCUCCUCCUCGCCAUCUUCUUCCAUUUCGAGUACGAUCGCAUGAACUUGAGCUAUCUCGAGUGCUCCGUCAAAAUCGCCUUUUUCGUCGUCACUAUGCAGUGCUUUGGAGCGUUUUUUGAUAUGAAGUGAGUUAUUUCGUUGUAUCUCAUUAACUAUUGUAGAUUUCAAAAAGUGGUCAACUGAAAAGUUGUCUUAAAUCGUAUACCAAACAACUUUGUAGUUGAGUAAGCUCUUCCAAAACGCUUACUUUUUGAGUUAUUCAUCGCCAAACUUUGACGGCCUGUACCUCGGCAACCAAAAACUAUUUCAAAAAGUGGUCAACUGAAAAAAUGUUGCAAAUUUUGUGCUGAACAACUUUCUAGUUGAUCAUUUUGCGCGAAAAUUAUUCUUGCUCGAGUUACGCGUGUUUUUGCAAAACGCGCCACACAAGUAUGCGGCUCUUGCUGCGAUACUUACACAAAAAGAUAGGUACUACAACGGUUCCAAUAAAACAAUGAUUGCAGAUGGUACGCGCGGUACUUGGAGAUUUCUCGUUGUUGCGGUGUCCUCUGCUAUUAUGCUUUUCUAAUGUUCGACCACAUCGGGGCCGGCACCCAUCGUCUCUUCGUCAUUUCCCUUCACAUCAUGGCCAUCCUUCUCUGGACGACCGACGUUUUGGUGGAGGUGAGCGAACAAAAGCUUGAUUGAUUGUCAUGCUUCAAUUUUUCAGAAAAUCUCUGCUCACUGCCGGCGAAACGCGUCCGCCGAUGCUCCAAAAUGCUCAAAAGUCGGCGACGUGGAAGUGGCGCACACAGUGCUUGAAAAAACCGACAUUUCAGUGAUCUCAAACUAAAACUAUUAUUAUUAUUAUUAUUAUUGUUGUUGUUGUUGCAACUGCUUUUUCGUUCGAUUCUAGUCACUUGAAAAUGUGUGAAUAAAGCCAUUUUUGUUGGUUGCGCCACAGAAAGAAUGUUCAAUACGUUAUGGACCAUACCUUUGAAAUCAUGUUCAUUUCCAAUAAAAUGGCAUGCGCAGAUAAGGACUUGCGGAUUUUCUAUUAUAAAGUUUUAGGGUCACAGAGCUGACAAUAUGGGCGGGGCCUCGGCGGCCAUAAUGUGAGCAGGUUUUUUCUGAUUUUUGUGGUCAAAUUCGAUGAAAAAUGAUCGUUCGACAUGAAAACACACGAAUUCUCAGAAUUAAUGACGUUUUGGCGCAUUUUUGGCGGACUUUGCUUUUUCGCCUUCGCCGCCGAUCGCCGCAAUUCUCAUUUUGCGUUUUCUUGACCGUUUUCAGACAGAAUUGGUUUUGAGAAUGAUAAAUCACGUAAAUACAAGCAUUUUGAGCGCUCGAACCGCGAAAAAUACCGAAAAGCAACUGAAAUUCACGCAGUUUUAGCUAAAAACCUUCAAACGGAUGAAUGUUAUUUGCGACUUGACCAAAUUUGACGCUCUUUCGCUUAAGAAAUUCGUAAUGGCUUAUACAAUCGGUCUAUCGAGAGACAAAUGAGAAAUUAUCGGUUUUUUGUGGCUAAUUUGGCAAAAAACACUAAUUUUGCUGUUAAAAUGUGAAUUUCGCGCCAAUGGAUCGCUCUAUUGGGCGGGGCGCCGCACUUGCGCCCAUUGUCAGCUCUGGAGACCGUGUAUCAUGGGCGAUUCUGGUAAAUUCCGCAUUCAUGUCUCCUCCUUGAAUAAACACACAUUUUCCCAUCAGCUUAUUCAUUCUCUGAUUCGCAUCUGUUUUUAUUUCGUCCUUCGCUACUGCGGGAGCAUUAAUUCUUGUGAACCUGUGAGCCGUUUCUCGCCUGCGCCCUACUUUUGUGCAAAAAGAGGUUCUGAAAGUCUUCUUGUUCAUUGUUAAAGUUUCCUGAAUUACAGCUGCAUCAAAGUGUACGAAAAGUACGACGGAGACGAUGUGUAUCGAGUAAUCUACGGCGGAGAGGACAGUUCGACAAGGAAAAAUCGGGAACCUUGAUUUGAAUAAAUGCUCCACUCUGCAUCGCAUUUGAACUUUCAACGAACUAGCACACUGCCACGUGUUCUCCAUUCUCCUUUGAAAUCGCAUUCAUUUCAGUCGAAAUGGCGGAUGACGAAAGCGAAGAGGAGUCUGUAAGAGGAGAUCUCAUUGCGUUUUUCUUUUAUCUCAUCAACAUAUUCUUCAUUUUUUUCUUCGCAUAUUCCGGAAUUUGGAUUUUCGUGACCCGAGAUUUCAUCCAGGAUUGGGAAGAAGUCUACCCGGGCUGCACACAAGAACUGACCAUCAAAACCAUCCUGGUGUUCGUUUACUGUGUAAGCUCAACGUUUAUGGACUUUUGUACAACGCGUGACCGAUGUUUUAGUCUAUCGUCAUGCUGAGCUCCUGCCUCGUAUGCUUAUUCUCACCGUACUGCCACCGUACUUGUGCUUGUCUCGCGGUUCGUUUUUUCCCGAUAAAACGGUCAAGAAAGAGCGAAUUGUGUGGAAAUCUGUGAACGAAAUUCGCUUUUUCUUGGCUAACUCUUGAGAUUUUUCACUGUACCUGUUGCAAAAUUGUUGCAAAAUUCACGGCGACGAAAAGUGUAGAAAGGGGGCGCGGUGAGUCACAGCGUGGACGUUUAUCAUUGGAGCGCACUUGCAGCGCACGCGCGAGAGUUCAAAAAUAAUAAAUUUUCGGCGAAAAUUGCGUUAUUCCCCGUGUAAAAAUUGAACGCCGUAAUUUUUUCGUUUUUGUCACAGGCUAUAUUGUAGCUGGGAGUUAGACGGUCAUUUUGAGCACACACAGAGCCAAAUCGGUGCAGCCGUCGUGUUUCCUUGUGCAAAACUGUGUAGCGAUGCGAAAUAAUUUUAAAAGUUUGAGGUUAUUUUGAAUUGUUUCGCAGAUUUAUUACGACAUUGACGCUUGAAUACUGUUAUAUAAUGGCUAGAGACGCUGUACGGAUGAAAAAUUGCAACUCAAUGCAAAUUGACCGAUUUUAAAAACCAUGAAAGCGUAGCGUGAAUUUCUGGCUGAAAUACAUGAAAAGCAGAAGUUUGUCAGUAUUAGAAGUUGUAGAGAUGAAAGAGAGCUUUAUCAAACGUAAAAAUGAUUAUGUGCGCGAUUGUUACGUCUUUUUGCCGUCAGAAAUCUGAAGUGUCGCUGAAAGUGAACUUUGUAGGCAAACUUCCGGCCACAAGGAUCGAAUUUUAGAAUUGUAGAAGUGAGAUAACAUAGCGAUAAAAGAAAACAAAUAAUAUUUUCAAUGAGCUUCAUUCAGUAAUCAAACAAAUUUAGUGUUCCGUUAAAAAUUUGUUGCUGGAGAUUCCUGGUUUUCAGUUGAAUAGUGCUUUUUUCUAUUCGCGUGUCCGCCGCAAUCCGAUAAAAUUAUGGAGAAAACCUGAAAAUAUUUAUCGGCGAAGAAAAUAACUGUUCUUUAUUAUUCUAACCGCUACUCCGUGCCGCUCGGCAAUUUCCAUCAGCGUCGCGCCUUUCCAACUGCAGAAAUUGUUGCAACGAGUCCUGAAAAUUCAAAAUUGAGUUUUUUGCAACAAAUAUGUAACGAAAAAUUGCGUUUCGACAUGUUUUAAAAGAUAAAAACGAGAAAAAGAUUUUAAUUGCGAAACCAAAAAAUCCAAUAGUGCGCCAAGUGAGUGCAACAUGCGCCAGCAGUCUCCUUUGGUCUCAUGUCCACGCUGUGACUCAGUGGGGCGUGGCCUAAUCUGAGACGCGUUUUCUGAAAAUUGUCGCAAUUCCACAGCACUUUUCCGAUAUUUUUGUGUGUUGAUAUCGACGAAAGAAGAGACAUUAAAGAGAGAAAACGAUGAAAUUUUCGUGAAAACGCCGCGUUUGAGACAUUUUUGGCAUAUUUCGCAAUUUCGGAAUUUUCAUACCGGCCGAUCUGAAUAGUUUUGAGACUAAGUGAGUGUCGGAAGUGAUUAAGCACGUUAAUACAAGUAUUUUAAGCGUUCAAACGGCAAAAAGCAUCGGCGAAUGACUGAAAUUCGCGCAUUUUCAGCACAAAACUUGAAAAUCGAUUCAAUUGAUUCAUUUCUGCUAUGAAACCUGCUCGUUUUAAGCUCAAAAAGUGCGUGCGAUGAUUAGUUUAACAAAGUUAUGCAGUUACAUUGUCGAAAUCGUACAAAAUUUGGGUGAUUUUUCACGAAAAACAUGAUAAAAAUGGGGUUAAAUUUCGAAUUUCGCGCCAAAAUGGUGACAUAACCGUGCACGCUAGGCCACGCCCCUUUCUACGUUUUUUUUGGUCGCCGUGCAAUUCACUAUUAUGGGGCUAUUCAGCGUAUGUUUGUUUUCCGUUUGUUUUUCGUUUUUUUACACCUCCUGAAUUGGGUUUUUUGACGUAAAAAAACGAAAAAAAAUCAUUUUUUUUUCACAGCCUGAAUAACCCCAUUACAGAUCUCUCAAUGCCCCCUCAUCCUUUUCUACUACUUCAAUCCCUAUUACGACUAUGUCGACGGUCCGGUACAACGGACAGUAGUCAAGGACGUUGGAUGUUUGUGCUGAUCUUUGUGUAUCGCUCUUCUAACAUUUUCAGCCGUCUCUUAGUGGUGUAUGCUCAAAUUUUCUCCAUGUAUUUCCUCGCGUUCAUCGCCUGCGCCCUACUUUUGUGCAGAAUAAGGUUCUGAAAGUAUUUUUAUUCCCUGUUGACGUCUCCUGAAUUACAGCUGCAUCAAAGUGUACGAAAAGUACGACGGAGACGAUGUGUAUCGAGUGAUCUACGGCGGAGAGGACAGUUCGACGAGAAAGAAGUCGGGGCCUUGA